CUCUGAAAUUAGUAGCAUUAUAUAUAUGGUUUAUUCUUUGCCUAGCUUGGUAUCCAAUUCAAGCCUCCAAAUUCGUCUCCUCCACAAUUCUCUCUAACAGCAACAAAAGCAGGCUAACCCGAAGCUAAAAACCAUCUCUUUUUCUCUUUUUUGCUUCUUUUUUUUUUUCCACUUUUAUCUCUCGCUAUCUACCUAUCUAUCCUCCUGUAUACAAAGAAAGACAGGAAAGCAAGCCAGAAAGCAACGGACAGCAAAAAAAAUAGAAAGCAACUUCAAGAAAACAAAAACUGAAAGCAAAAACCCCAAAAUUAUUUUCACCUGCCUUAAUCAAAAAGCAAAGAGCAAUCCUCCACCGUCAGUUUCUUUAUCCCACGGUUAGAAUUCUCUGAUCAUUUCAUCUCCGUCACCAUCGUCGGCACCGGAUUUGAACGGGUUCGGAUUGUUUUUUAAGGUAACGGAAAAGGUUAUCUUUUUUGGUUUUUGGCAUUUCUAGAGUUGAAUUGUAGGGUCAAGGUUGUUUCAAUCUUGAUCUAAUCAAGAGCCCCAGAGAGGAAAUCGUUGAAAUUCUUGAGAUUGAGUUGAUUUUGUGAUCUGGGUCGAUGGCUGAAUUUGAAAAUAACCAGGAAAUCACACCCAAUUCGAAACCCACCACCAAUAAAAUGACCUCUAGUUCUAUAUUCAAUAGGUCUCUUACAAUUCAUUCAACUUCAGUGACAAAGCCUUACCUUCAAUCAACAUCAGGAUUCUACAAUUCUUUUGAGUCCAUGAAAGGAAAGGUAAAAAAGCUUCGGUCUUUGUUUGAGUCCCCGAAACCGAAUCCCAAUGAAUUGCAAAUUCAAGCAACUAAUAAGCUACAAUCUGUGAAAUCAAUGGGGCCUGAUUAUAAUAGGUUCCCUGUUAAUGAUAAUAGAAUUCGGUUGCCUGGUACUGAGGAUAGGAUUGUGGUGUAUUUAACGAGCUUGCGAGGGAUUCGGAGGACUUAUGAGGAUUGUUAUGCGGUGAAGAUGAUAUUUAGAGGGUUUAGAGUGUGGGUUGAUGAGAGGGAUAUUUCGAUGGAUUCAGCUUAUAAGAAGGAGCUGCAAAGUGUGUUGGGAGAGAAAAAUGUGAGCUUGCCGCAGGUGUUUAUAAGGGGGAAUCAUGUAGGUGGUGCUGAGGUGAUUAAGCAAAUGUUCGAGACGGGCGAAAUGGCAAGGGUUCUUGAUGGGUUUCCAAGACGGCUGGCUGGGUUUGUUUGUGCAGGGUGUGGGGAUGUGAGGUUUGUGCCAUGUGGGAAUUGUAGUGGAAGUAGGAAGUUGUUUGAUGAAGAUGAAGGGGUGCUUAAGAGAUGCUUGGAAUGUAAUGAGAAUGGAUUGAUUCGGUGCUCGGAUUGCUGCUCGUGAUUGAACUCGGAUGCACACACCUGAAUUGGUGUGCUCUUUUAGUUGUCUCGUUGCUGUGUGUAAUCAAUGUGAGGGUUGGAUUCAAAAUGCUCUUUCAGAUUCACGGGCUUUUUUUCAUUUUUUUCAUUGUAUUUACAUCGGUCAAGGAGACUGGUGUUGGUUGUUUUAUGAAGAGUGUCUUGAACAAUAAUAGUUACUAUGUGUUAUCAAAACUCCAAAUUGGUCUUGGUAGUUUUGUUUGUAUUUUAUACAGGGGGGAUUAUUUCUCCUUUGUGGGAAUGUAAAUAUGUAGUGCUAAUGCAUUGCAAAAGGAUUUGCAAGUGAUGUAUUGUAAUGAAAAUGGGUGCUUUUAAACCCCAACUUACUAUA